AUGUUAAAUGAAAUGGUUGCAUUGAACUUUCGGGAUGCGAAUAAUGUUCGAAUAUUAGCGAAAACGCUAUUACGCGAUGAUUUUGGUUUAAAUGUUGAAUUGCCUCCUGAUUGCUUAGUACCCCGAGUACCUCAACGUCUCAAUUAUAUCUACUGGAUUGAUGAUCAGCUGAAGACCAAUGGUUUAACUCAGGAUGUUCUUGGAAUCGAUAUUGGAACCGGUGCUUCAUGCAUAUAUGCGUUAUUGGGUGCAAAACUGUUUGGUUGGAGUUUUAUUGCUACUGAUUCUGAUCCUCGUUCAUUAGAAGUGGCUAAACAAAAUGUGGAGUCAAAUGGUUUGCGAGAUAAAAUUGAAAUUGCACAUGUGGACAAGAAUCGAUUAAUUAAAGACAUUGUAAGAUCACAUGCCAGUAAUAAUUUUACAUUUUGCAUGUGCAAUCCACCAUUUUUUGAAAAGGAAGAAUUCGACGAGAAAUUCAUGCCUAUAGACGACAAUGUUGUAGUAAAUAUUUGCAAUGAGGGUUAUAAGUCGGUACCCCUGUCAGCAACUGUUGCGAAAAUUAAUGAGGUGACUGUGGCGGGUGGUGAAGUAGCAUUUAUUAGUCAGUUAAUUGAUGAUAGUCUUGCCCUCAAAAGAUCUGUGGUAAUUUAUACGUCGAUGGUUGGGCGGAAAUGUAGUCUGUUAAAAUUAAAAAAGAAACUCGGGCGUUGUUCGAAUGUAAAAUACACUUUUGGAACAUUAAGUCAGGGUAAAACUCAGCGUUGGAUUCUUGCUUGGAGUUUUGAACCACGGAUCAAUUUUUUAUCUACGAUAAAGGCCUAUUCUCCUUUCAAGCUGCAGUUUCCAUCGGCUGAUUUUGGUCAGGAGAAAUCAGUAUUAUGGGCGAAGCAAGUUCUUGAUACUUUAAAGAUUUCUUAUUACCAGUCUGAUGAAAGAAUCUUUGUAUGUGAUGCAGCUAAAAAUACAUGGUCAAAUCAAAGGCGAAAACGCCGAAAUAGUUUUCAAGAAAAAGGAGGUGAUAUUUAUCAAAUUAAACGGUUAUGUUUGCCUCCUAAUGCUAUUUCCUGUAGCGCCGGAUUAGGUGUUGGCGAUGGUCAGGAUAGCCUUUCAAAUGCUGGUAAUUUCAAUGAAUGCAUGAUUCUCGAUAAUGCCUAUAACAGUAAACGAUUUGACUCGUCAAUUCAAACCUAUCUACCACUAUGCGAAAAAUCUCAGUCAAUAGUUCGUUUUGAAUUUGCAUUAUCACCCAACGAUAAAGGUUUCGUUUUAAGUUGGAUUGAUGGAUCUCGAAAUGCUUUACAUCAGAUCAAUCAGUAUUGUAAAAAUCAGAUUUCGAAAUUGGAUAAUCGCGCGGAAUCUGAAUAA